AUGGAUUUACACAGCCUUUUUAAGGCCAUCCUGAUCCUGUAUGUCAUACGUGCUGAGCCCCACUACAUUGUUAAUGGACUGGAUCUGCAGGGACCGAUAUUUCUUCACGAGCCGCCGCAUCGCGUUGAAUUCUCAAACAAUUCGGGCGGCCUUAUAGAAUGUUCCGGCCACGGCAGUCCACCGCCCGAGGUGGAAUGGACCCCCAUACCGCCGCAACAGGACAUGGUGUUCCAGCUCUCGAAUGGCAGCAUGAUGUUCUAUCCUUUUACCGCCGAGAAAUAUCGGCACGAGGUGCAUGCGACGGUAUACAGAUGCAAAUUACGCAACUUGGUGGGCUCUGUGCUCAGUCGGGAGGUACAUGUGCGCGGCGUUGUCAACCAAAAGUACACGGUCCAGGUGCACGACGAGUACGUGAUGACGGGCAAUACGGCGGUGCUGAAGUGUCAGGUGCCAAGCUACAUGUCGGAAUUUGUAAUGGUGACCGCCUGGGUGCAGGAUACGGGCAUGCAUUUGUAUCCGAACACGGACAUUGGCGGCAAGUACACGGUCCUCUCCAACGGUGAAUUGUACAUAAAUAAUGCGGGACCCAAUGAUGCAUACAAAAGCUACACAUGCCGCACUGUAAAUAGACUGACAGGUGAAAUACAAAUUUCAACAUAUCCCGGUCGCAUUAUUGUAACAGAGCCCAAGGGUAUGGUACAGCCGCGCAUAAACGUGGAGAAGCAUUCGAUGCGGCAUGUCGUGCUUAAUGGGCAAACAACAUUGCCGUGCAUUGCUCAAGGACAUCCGGUGCCAACAUAUCGCUGGUUCAAGGAAGAAAAGGAGCAGCUGCUGCCCCUACAGUUGAGCGAACGUAUUAGCAUCGUCUCUGCUGGACUGCUGAAAAUCACGAAGGCUCGCCUCGAGGAUAGCGGCAAGUAUUUGUGUUGGGUGAACAACACAGCCGGCGAGGAGACCAUACAAGUGUCGCUCACCGUGACGGCGCCGCUGACCGCACAUCUGCAGCCGCAAGUGCAAACCGUGGACGUCGAUAAGGAUGCGCAGUUCCAAUGCAUUGUCUCGGGCCAUCCGGUGCACGAUGUCAAUUGGCUGCACGAUGGCAAGCCAAUAUUGCGUGACAAUCGCGUGGAGAUACUCACUGAUCCACCACGACUGAUUAUAAAGAAGGUGCAAAAGGAAGAUCCUGGCAUGUAUCAGUGCUUUGUGUCCAACGAAUGGGAGCAAAUACAAUCAACAGCCGAGCUGCAGUUGGGCGAUGCGUCACCGGAACUGCUUUAUUGGUUUUCGGAACAAACAUUGCAGCCUGGUCCAACGGUAUCAUUGAAAUGCGUAGCCACCGGAAAUCCACUGCCUCAAUUUACAUGGUCCUUGGACGGAUUUCCGAUACCGGAUAGCUCACGCUUUUUAGUGGGUCAAUAUGUUACGAUACACGACGAUGUCAUCAGUCAUGUGAAUAUAUCGAAUGUCAAGGAGGAGGAUGGUGGCGAAUAUACCUGCACGGCCCAGAAUGCGAUUGGAAAGGUCUCACACAGUGCCAAAGUGAAUAUUUACGGCUUGCCUUACAUACGCGAAAUGCCAAAAAUAACGGGCAUCUCUGGCUCUGAUUUGAUUGUUAAAUGUCCUGUGGCUGGUUACCCUAUCGAUAAAAUACAUUGGGAGCGGGACGGCCAAACGUUGCCCAUAAAUCGACGCCAGCGCGCCUAUAACAAUGGCACCCUAAUUAUCGAGCAGCUGCAGCGUCUGGAGGAUGCGGGCACGUACACGUGCAUGGCCCAGAAUAAGCAGAAACAGACCUCGAGGCGCAACGUUGAGAUACAAGUGCUCGUGCCGCCCAAAAUUAUGCCCAUACAGGCCAUGACGAACAUGCUGCGCGAAGGAAUGCGCGCCGCCAUAUCCUGCCAAAUACUUGAAGGCGAUUUACCCGUCAGCUUUCGUUGGGAGCGCAACAAUAAGCCGCUGAUUGGCACUGGUAAUGAAGUUUUCCGCCGCCUGGAUGAAUAUUCGGCAAGUCUGGUGAUUGAGCACAUUACCUCCGAUCAUUCCGGCAAUUAUACAUGCAUUGCCAGCAAUGUGGCGGGCACGGAACGCUUCACGGUGCCAUUGACAGUGAAUGUGCCACCCAAGUGGAUCUUAGAGCCGAAGGAUUCAAGUGCCCAGGCGGGGCAGGAUGUGUUGCUGCAUUGCCAAUCUUCGGGCUAUCCCAAGCCAACGAUAACCUGGAAGAAGGCCAUUGGACCAACGCCGGGCGAGUACAAGGACUUUCUGUAUGAGCCGACCAUACAGCUCUUUCCCAACGGCACCAUUUACUUCAAGAAAAUCAGCAAGGAGUCGCAAGGACACUUCCUGUGCGAGGCAAAGAAUAGCAUCGGCUCGGGAGUUAGCAAAGUUAUCUUUCUCAAGGUUAAUGUGCCCGCCCACUUCCAAACGAAAUCGAAACAAAUAUCGGUGGCCAAGGGCAAGCAGGUGCAUGUGCAGUGUAACGUGCAGGGCGACAAUCCAAUCGACUUUAAAUGGAAAAUUCAGGCAACUCAACAAUAUCUUGACGAGUCAUUGGAUUCACGCUACACAAUAAGAGAUCAAGUACUCGACGACGGCAUGGUCUCCGAAUUGGGAAUUUCGCACACAUAUCGCCAGGAUACGGGCAUUUAUAUCUGCCAGGCCAGCAAUGCAUUCGGACAGGACGAAAUGUCCAUACAGCUAAUUGUGCAGGAGGUGCCCGAACAGCCCAAAAACUUGCGCAUCAACUCGCAACAGUCGCGCAGCCUGCAACUAACCUGGAGCCAACCCUUUGCUGGCAACAGCCCCAUCGAGACAUAUCACAUAUUCUAUAAGCAAAUCACAGAUAUUUGGCAAAAUGCCGAACACAUUGACAUCACUGGCGCCCAAACAGUGGUCAACAUCCAGCAGCUGCGUCCGGCCAAGGCCUAUCACAUACGCAUGUCGGCUGAGAACAAGCUGGGCGCCUCCGAAUUCUCCGAGGUGGUGCAGGUGACCACACUGGAGGAGGUGCCCUCGGGUCCGCCAUUGAAUGUGCGAGCCGAGCCCAAGAGCUCAACGGAAAUCGCGGUGACAUGGGAUGCGCCGGACCGUGACCAUUGGAAUGGUAUUUUGCUGGGCUACUAUGUGGGCUAUCAGAUGUCGCUAACGCCCGAGGACAAGGAAGUGAAUCCCACACAGGGGUUUAGCUUCAAAACCGUUGAGGUGCGCUCACAUUUCGGUGGCGAAACCGUCCUGGCCAAUCUCAACAAGUACACACAAUACCAUGUGAUUGUCCAGGCCUACACGAGCCAGGGCAGUGGACCGCCCAGCAAGGAAAUUGCAGUGCAAACAAUGGAGGAUGUCCCCUCAUCACCGCCAGAGUCGCCGCAAUGCGAUGUGCUGGGCUCAACGUCGAUUUAUAUCACCUGGUCACCACCGGAUGUGGACGGACAGAAUGGCAAAAUCAAGGGCUACAAAGUGUUUUACAUAUCGGUCGAUGAGCUUUACGAAACCGAUCCGGAGGUUGUGAAGUCAACAAAUCAAUACGUCACCAUCGAGAAUCUGCGCAAAUACACAAACUAUACGGUCUGGGUUUUGGCUUACACCAAAGUAGGCGACGGCAUGAAAACCAAACCAUUUUAUUGCCGCACCCACGAGGACGUGCCGUCGGCGCCGCAAGCAAUUAAGGCUAUACCCGCGUCGAGCACGAAAAUCAUCAUAUCUUGGCUUCCGCCCGAUUUGCCCAACGGUGACAUUACCGGCUACACAUUCUACAUGUCCAUGCUGGAGGGUGGACGGGAGGAGGGCACGCACAAGCGGGUGCUGGGACCCUUUGUCGAAAUGCACGAAACGGUGCGGACUCAGGAGUCGGCGACUUACCAGUUCUGGUUGACGGCCUCGACCAAAAUGGGCGAGGGGGAGAAGACACAGGUGGUUACAGUGCCGCCGAAUAAUAAAGUGCCCGCUCGCAUUGUGUCCUUCAGUCAGCGGCUAGUGACGCCCUGGAAAGAGCACUUGGAGCUGCCAUGUCGCAAGGUUGGCGCACCCGCACCGGUGACCAUUUGGCGCCAGGAUGGUCACAACAUGGAGACGAGUGCUCGCAAAACCAUUGCCAAGAACGGUACCCUCUAUAUAAGCGAGUGUCAGGCCACGGAUGCGGGCAAUUAUACAUGCAGUGUGGAGAACACUUGGGGCAAGGACGAAAUAGUGUACAACAUCGUAGUGAAGGUGCCGCCCGAGGCACCCAAUCUGACCGUCGUCAACACCUACACGGACAGUCUGCACCUCGAGUGGCUGGACAAUAGCCACGGCGGUAGUCCCAUUCUCGGCUAUGUGAUCAACUAUAAGCGCGACAAUGGGGACUGGGAGGAGCUGCAGGUGGACGCCAAGAUCAACUCCCAUCUACUGAGCAAUUUGUGGUGCGGCACUCGCUACCAACUCUACAUAACAGCCUUCAAUAAAAUCGGCACCGGUCUACCCUGCGACAUUGUCAACUCCUAUACAAAAGGCAAUCCCCCGGUGCAGCCGAAGCACUCCCAAAUGAUUACCAAUAACUCGACGAGUGUCACCUGCUGGCUGGACUCGUGGGGCGAUGGUGGAUGUGGCAUACUCUACUUCAUGAUUGAGUCACGCAUCUACGGUCGCUCCCCCUGGAACGUCGUUUCCAACCACAUUCCGCCCACGGAGCGCAUCUACACGGUCAGUGAUCUGGUGCCGGGUACCAAGUACCAGCUGAAGGUUACGGCGCACAACAACGCCGGCUCCACAACGGCCCUCUACAAUUUUACGACACUGUCGCCACAGGGCGUGCUUUAUAACAACGAUCACUCGACGCCUGUCUCGCAAAUGAGCGAUCUGCCCUUUUAUGCCAACUUCAAGCUGCUUCUGCCGAUCUGCAUAUCGCUGAUGAUGCUGCUGGCCCUGGUGGCAGCCGCGCUCUUUCUACGCAAGCGCAAACUGAACAAUCAGGCACGUUUGGCCUCCAGCUCGAUGUCGGAGUCACCAUCGCUGGCCAAUCUGCAGAACAAGCAGAAUCGGGAUCAACAAUACCUAGCCGUGCGCUGUAAUCCGGCCAGUGCCGCCCCACGUGGCUCCAAUUCCAACGACUCGGGCAGCUUUGGCAAGGCCGAGGGCAACGAAUACAUCGAAGAUAUCUGUCCAUAUGCCACCUUUCAGCUGAACAAGCAAACCUAUAGCGAGAGCUCCUACAGCGGCAAUGUCUAUAGCGGGCCCUAUCACUCGGUGCGGGGCUCCUUUGUCUAUCACGAUGUCAAGCCAGAGAGCUAUCAUUCCAAGGAACCGGAAUAUACGAAAGUGCGCCGAAAAGUCGGCCGCCUACGCGAUCCACACUCAGAAAGCCAAGAAUCGGACAAUCCAGGUUCAACAGAUUCCGAAGUUAGGAAAAUCCUAACGCUUCACAUACCAAUUACAGAAUAUGACACACUCGGUUCCGAGUCGGACAAUGAUGUGUCUGCACGCGCUCUUAACUCGGCCAAAUAUCGCGCACAACGUGAUACUCAAGAUGAGACCUCGUCCUCAUCGGAGACCACGCCCACUAGCAUGACGCGCAAAUCGAAGCCACCAUUUGCGGCACGAAAAGCUGGCAAGCCGGGCACCAGUGGCAAGCGCCAUGUUCGCAGUUCCAGUGGCUAUUCGAGCCAUAAUGAAGAAACUACUUUUAGCAUAUCCAACUAUCCACCAAACUAUCAGGACCACAUAAAUCCACCAGCGCGAUUUUCCGAUGCCAACGACAAGACGAAGACACAAACGUCGCCACGUAUGCGUGCCAAUCAGAAACUACAGAGGGAAGCAUUCCAAAUAAAUGUCUAGAGACACAUAACCUAACGAACAAACUAAUGUAAACCAAAAUCCGUGUAAAAGUAAACAACAUUAUUAUACAAAAGCCCAGGAAACAGAAUCUGUAAACAUCGUUGUAAAAUCCAUCAUCCAAAAUAAAAAAGUAUUGCAAAACCAACAAGAAAAUUGAAACUAAUAUUAAUAUGAA